AUGUUUGUGAAGAACGGAUGGGUUUCUGAUGCCCCUUUCACGCGCAACGGAAUGAACAUAUCCGAAUGCUCCAGCUAUGUAUAUCUAGGUGGAGAAAUCAACAUGAUGAACGACCUGACCUCCGAGCUGGGCAGAAAGAAACGAGCGGCUUGGGGAGCAUUUAAGAGCAUUGAGGAUGUAGUGAAGUGGACCAAGAAGGCACGGCUACGUGCUCACCUAUUCAACACCACCGUUCUUCCUGCUUUGACCUACGCCUCAGAAACAUGGACGUUUCCCAAGCAGGAGGAAAAUGCGAUCAGCGUCAUAGAACGCGGAAUUGAAAGGGUGAUGCUAGGAGUAACCUGCUCUACGCAAGUGGAAGAAGAGAUUCGAAGUUCACUCCUACGUUACCGAUCGAAGAUCAGAGACGCUGCCGCAUAUGCCAAGGAAAACAAAAUUAGGUGGUCCGGACACGUGAUGCGUUUCAGUGAUAACCGUUGGACCAGAGCUGUAAGCGACUGGAUACCACGCGACAUUGAACGCACCGCAAGAAGACCGCCGACCCAAUGGUCAGACCUCUUCACGAAGUCCUUGAAGGGAAAGUACGACGCUCUUCGAGUUUCUCACGAGAAGAGAUGCCACUGGCAACACUUGCGCGCGAUCGGGUCGAAUGGAAGUAUUACUGGUGCCCGCUCGAGCAAAUCGAUGAAUAAGGUAGAACAGUUGAUACACUGUAUGAUCCAACUGUUCUGCCCCCUUUAUCUUCUAUUUUAA